AUGCCCGCUUUUAAUGCACCGGAAUACUUCGGUAAAUUGUAUUUACGCUGUGCGACUGUCCUUCCUGCAAUAAAUUUAAGUAGAACUCAAAAGAUUCUUAUUAUAUGCUUGACCAGUGGAACGAUCCUUCUCGGUGGCCUGGCGCAGUUCUUUAAAAGAAAAAGACGUUAUCCUAUCCCACCUUCUCGAAGAUACAUCAGAGAUGGAAGACAGAGGUUCAUUAACGCUAAGGCAGCUAAUCUUGAUGCUGUGUCGCAAGUAUCAUGGGCAAGGCGGAGCGAAGCUAGCACCCGCAGUCAUGUGAGCGAUAGAGCGUCCAUGAUGUCUUCUGCCCAAGUUGGGCCAGACGGUGACGCGAAGCUCACCCCGCAACAGUAUGGCAUGCUCGGGCUGGAGGCGCUGGAAAGAGCUCUCUACUGCUGGGAGGAUGCACUUUCUGCGUUCAGCUCGUCUCUCAACAACGACACCCUCGCUUUGCCGUCCAAAGCCGAUGCAGCCUUUACUCGCGAUGUCCAGGAGCUCCUUGACCUAGGCUACCAUAUACAGAACAACGCUGAGCUCCUCUUCAUCGAUCAGCAUUCCGUGCUAUUCCGCAACGAGAGCGAGGAAAGCGAGAGCAGCCACAAGCCAUCAAACGUGGGCACCCGAUUGUCCAACAAAGAUAAACAGGAUGCAGCAUCUUCACCGGAGUCCUUCGAAUCGGCCAGAGACGGGGUCGCAGAUUUGCGGGAAUUCGAGGAGUUCUCCGAGUUCUUCCCUCAUUUCGAGAAGCAGAAGCUGUACCACACUGCGCUUAAACACCACGAAGAUAAAACCAUCCCCUGCAGGCGGCUACACACGGAACUCGUAAAGUGCGGCUCGGAUGUGGAGUACCUGGCGAAGGUGCACUGUAUUCGGCAAGCAUAUUCAAGACUCUUCAGCUGUCCAGGGACUGCGGUAUGGAUAGCCGACAUAGGACGACAGGUUAUCAGUGACCUGAUAAUGUACGCCGAUCGGGAUCCCAAGGACUACCUGACACAUUACGAGAAGAUGAUGGAGUUCCUGCAGGAUUCCGACAACCACGCGAUGAUGCAGGAAGAGCUCGCUGCCCGGGGUGUCAAGUGUAUAAACUUUUAUGACGUCCUCGUCGAUUUCAUUCUGCUGGACGCCUUCGAGGAGGUGGAGAAGCCGCCGUCGUCCAUCAAGGCCAUACUACAGAAUCGCUGGAUCUCGGCUAGUUUCAGAGAAACGGCCAUAGGAACCGCGGUGUGGUCCGUGCUGAUGGGCAAACGUCAGAUGCUGAAGUACGAUAAGGGUUUCCUCGCUCACUUUUACUCGAUAUCGGAGCAGGUCUCGCCGGUCCUUGUUUGGGGCUUCCUGGGACCGGAAGGAAGUCUGCGCUCCACCUGCCAGUACUUUCGCGAUCAGGUCAUCGAGUUUCUCGUUGAUAUAUUCAAUUUCUUCAAGGUCAGGUACACGAAUGUCGACGAUCUCGCCGAGGACGUACUGAAGGAAAUGAGGGUCAGGGUCGAGAAUAUAAAUCAGAGGCUAUCCCUGGAAGGCUGUUAGUAGAGCCGGAGUCGCUGGUGAUAAUAGCGUACAAUUUCGCCGCAGGAACGGAAGAUAGUCGACUCCGGAGUUGCGCUUUCGUCCCAGCUCGUAGUUCCUCGUAGAACCGCAGCUUGGAAAUUCUUCAGCCUUGACCAUUGUUCCAAAACCAUGGUAAUCAUCCGGCUGAGAGAAAGUAUUUCCUUCCGAGUCAUUAGAUUUACGCUAUAUGUAGGAAAAAGGUGCGAGUACUCCAUACCUCUAGACAAGAAGAAAUUCAUGCGGUUUGAGGAUUGCGUCGUAUCGAUACGAUUAUUACGCCGGGAAAGGUAGUCGUUUGAUAAAAUAUACAUUAUAAUUAUCUGCAGGCAUUGAAAAGCAAAGGUCGAUAAUUGUGCGAGAUCGCGUUUCUAUCCGACAACGAGGCGGAUUUAAUUUUGCGAAUGUAUUUCCUUAAAUUUGCUUAAUGAGGAUGCUAUCAUGUGGUAUGGUCACGUCGAUUGCUGCCGAAUCAAACAAUCUCGUCUUAUAUUAGCGCGAAAAGAUCACAUUCCCAAAUUCGUUUUACUCGAAUUUGUAAGCCUCUUUUUCUUGUUACCUUUUUACCUUUGUACGUUUUAAUUCUAGGGCUAUUUGACUAACCGGCGUGAAUGCCAAACUGCCUACUGUACUGUCAUGAAAUAUGGUUUGGGAGACUACUAGUGUCUAAUUCCACUAGUUUGGACGUGUUUUUCACGAUUGAAUACCUCGAGACACAACAAUGAUAGUAAUCUGUAGUGCAGUAACAUGUAAUAAGUCGUCUUAUACGUAGAAAUAUGUGAUAAGUCGCUCAGCACAUUUAAUUUAUUAAGACAUUAUCGUAAACCAUAGUUCCUCAUUCAAAUGAAAAUGCAUGGUAUGAAUUUCUUAAUUUAUAUAUAUUUUGUUAUAAUGAUCAUUAGGUUGCGACAAAUAUGUAUAGUAAAUCAAUGAUUAAUAUAUAUACGUUUACACGUAA